GGACGAACCACUCUAUCACUACCUUUGAUAGUGCUGCACAGUGCCCAUGAGUCUGGUAGCACUCCAUACUUACCUAUACAUCAUUCAAAAAUAAUGUUUGAAAAGUCGCUAUAUGACCUUAUAAAAGGUCUACGGAGCCAUAAGGGGGCCGAGGAUGACUACAUACAGGAUUCUCUUCGAGAAUGCAAGGCUGAAAUCAAGUCGCAGGAUAUGGAUAAGAAGGCUACCGCUCUGUUGAAACUGAUAUACUUGGAGAUGUUUGGAUAUGACAUGUCGUGGGCAUCGUUCCAUGUGCUUGAAGUCAUGUCAUCCUCGAAAUAUCUGCAGAAAAGAGCUGGGUAUCUUGGGGCGGUGCAAAGUUUCAGACCAGAUACAGAAGUACUCAUGCUGGCAACGAAUCUUUUAAAAAAGGAUCUAGUAUCAUCCAGCAUUCCGAACAUGUCGCUUCCCCUUAUCACAUUGCCCAACAUUAUAACUACCUCUCUCGCCAUAUCAUUACUUCCAGAUGUUUUGUCUCGGAUCUCCCAUUCGCAUGCCGUGGUUCGGAAGAAAGCAAUUGUGUGUCUUUAUAGACUAACACUCGUUUAUCCUGAUGCGCUGAAGCUAGCAUGGCCGAAAAUCAAAGAACGCCUCAUGGAUGAUGAAGAGGAUUCUAGCGUCACCACAGCUGUUCUUAACGUUGUAUGCGAACUCGGAUGGCGACGGCCCCGUGAUUUUCUGCCUCUUGCGCCACGGUUAUUCGAAUUGCUUGUUGACGGAGGCAACAACUGGAUGGCUAUUAAGAUCAUAAAGCUCUUUGCGACACUGACUCCUCUGGAGCCACGAUUAGUCCGAAAGCUGCUUCGACCAUUGGUGAACAUAAUCCAAACAACAACCGCUAUGUCUUUACUCUACGAGUGCAUCAAUGGCCUGAUACAGGGCGGCAUACUCGACAGUGAUGACGGUGCUCAAGAGAAAGACGACAUCGCUGAUUUAUGUGUGGAAAAACUUCGGGGCAUGGUGGUUUCGGAUUCGGACCCGAACCUCAAGUAUGUGGCUCUUCUAGCCUUCAAUAGAAUUUUAUCGGCAUAUCCGGCAUUGGUUUCGAUGCAUCAGGAUGUGAUUACGAAUUGCUUGGACGAUGCAGACCUAUCAAUUCGACUCCAGGCUCUAGACCUUGCAACGAGGAUGGUCAGCAGUGAUAAUCUCCAGGCUAUCGUAGAGAGAUUGAUUCUACAGCUGGUUGAAUCCAGCGGUCCAAGCGAGAAUAAUCACGUUACGACAGAUGAUGAGUUCUCGGUAGGGGACAGCCAUGGACUGAGAGGGGAGUUGGCGAACCGCAAAACAGCAAUACCUCUACCGGCGGAUUACAAACUUGAGGUGUUACAUCGAAUAGUCGAUAUAUGCUGCCAUAGCAACUAUGCCAAUGUGUCCGAUUUUGAUUGGUAUGUCGGGGUUAUGGUGCGAUUGGUGAAGCUUCUCCCCGCAGACGUCGGAGAUGCCGGGCUACCUCAUGGUGUCGGGAUGGCAAUACAAACCGAUUAUCAAUCAGACAUUACUGGUCGGAUUGGUUCCGAGUUACGCAACGUGGCCGUUCGGGUCAAAGAAGCCCGCACAGAAGCAACCAGAGCUGCAGAGUCUUUGCUUUCCUUUGAAAACAGGAAGUCCCUUUCCACCAAGGCUUCGGUUGCAACCGAUGGAAUCCUUGGGCCGCUCGCGUGGAUGGUUGGCGAAUACGCCCAGCACUUGCUUUAUCCCGACCAAACCCUCCUUUCCAUCAUUGAUAUGUCUAAUUUCUCCUUGCCAGGGAGAACGUUAUCUCUCUAUGUACAAGCCAUUCCUAAAUUGCUGAAUGCCUUACUGCCCAGUGAUGGGACAUGGAAAGCAACAAGAAGGAGCGAGAUUUCACUUAUGUUGGUCCGGAUCAUUGAGUUCCUCGACUUCCUGGGUUUACAUCCCGAUUUGGAGGUGCAAGAGCGGGCUAUCGAGUUCCUAGAAGUCAUGCGCUUGGCAGCUGAUGCUGUGCAGUCCGAGUCGCAUAAUUGGAACGAGGUACCAUAUCUUUUGAAUACGGUUAUUCCUACCCUAUUCCAAGGACUAGAAUUGAACCCGGUCUCCGUCAACGCUCAGAAGAAAGUCACUGCACCAGAUCAGCUUCAUUUACACCGGGAGUUCAAUGGUAGCCUUUGUGACCUCUUUCUAAGUGAUCUUGGAAGUUCAUGCAAACCGGAAUACGAAAUGCCGUACCAUGAUUUCUACUACUGUAAGGAAGGCCUAUCAUCUAACAAGCAGCUUGGAGACAUUGUCGCGCUUGACACAGCCUACAGCGCACCGUACCAAGUACCAACCAGUAUCAUGUUGGAAGAAACGCCCACCUAUGCUAGGAGGCUCGACCGGAAGGAACGCAGUAAGGAUGACCCUUUUUAUAUUGGGACGAAUGGCAAUAAUCAUGACAUAUCGGCCCCGCUUCAUCCUUCUUUCAGCAUCUCCAAUGGAAGUGAGUUGGACAUCGAUGCAAUACCAAUCAUCGAUCUCAAAUUGCAGGAUGGCGGGGGGUAUCGUCCGCCCUCUAUUGCUCGGUCUGAGAAUCGGAAGACAGUGGGAUCAUAUCCCAAGCGAUAUGAGGUAUUACCCGAUGAAAUGAUAGGCCACGAGGAACCUGGCGUAACUAAUAACUUCGGCGAAUUCGACAAAGGGAAACGAUCUGUACUUCAGGUUGAUUCCAGUGGGCUGGAGCAUCUUCAACUGAAUGAGGACAGGCCAUUGUCGCAUAAACAAAUGGGUGUGCGGAAGGUUGAGGAUGAUGCGGAAAUGGCAAUAGCAAUGCGGGAGGUGGAGCAAUUUCGUCUGAAGUUGCAGAGAGCUUCAGAGCGAGUCCAUCCAGUAGGUAUACCUUCGGGUGGAACACUGGUCAAGAAAAAGAAGAAGAUGAAAACCGUGGCCAAUGAUAUGCAGGGAUCUGGACAGCCUCAUUGUGAAACCGGAACAGCUCAGGCCAACACUGAACAGCAGCAGAAAAAGAAAAAGAAGCGGGCCAAGAAAUGAUUCAAACCACAAUAGCUAGGUUCAAGGCCCAUGGCAAGCAUUACCCUACCCUACCGUAAGGUGUAUGACUAGCAUUAAUAAACAAGCUAAAUAAGUGUUCCUCUGCACGGCGCGGUAGCCUCGCGGUAACAUGAACGACCGCGGCAGACACGGGAAGACAUUGCACAAGAAGUUGAGGGGUCGAGGCCACAAUAUAAUGUUUUUAUACUUGCCACCAACUUGGUUUGGGGAAUAAGAGAACGCAAUAGAAGUGGCAUAGCAGGCUGGAUCUAUACCUACUGCAACAACUGACUGAAGUU